ACAACGUCAGUGAGGGAAACGCCCACUGCUGUCAGAUGGCAUCUGACUAGCGUGAACAGCAGCAUAGGGACUCUUUUAUAUUGUUUAUGUAAAAUUGACUGUUCUAAUAUUGAAAUAUCAGUAGGGUAUUCUUAGAUGGUAGGAUUAGGUUAGAUGGUAUUCAGUUGUCACCAAUGAAUGCUUUCUCUAUUCAGUGAGAAGUUUCUGUUGGGCUGAGUUUUUUUUUUUGCGUCUAAAAAGCUGCAAUGGCUACCGGUGGGCCAGUGCCCGUGGUUCCUCUCCAAUGUGUGACCAAGGUGGAGCUGACGAUCUCUUGUGAGAAUCUAAUGGACAUGGAUGUGUUCUCCAAGUCUGAUCCACUCUGUGCGUUGUACAUCGAAUCAGGAACUGGCUGGUAUGAGUUUGGUCGCACAGAGAUGGUUCUGAACUGCCUUAAUCCAAGGUUCUCCAAGAAGUUUAAAAUUGACUACUUCUUUGAGACGCUUCAAAAGCUGAAGUUCUGCGUGUAUGACAUCGACAACGACACGUAUGACCUGGGAGACGACGACUUCCUGGGAGAGCUGGAGUGCACUUUAGGCCAAAUUGUGUCGUGUAGAAGGAUGACUCGCCCUCUUCUGCUGAAGGACAGGAGGACAGCCGGGAAGGGAACCAUCACAAUCUGCGCUGAGGAGAUUCAGGACAACAGAGUGGCUCAUUUUGAAGUUUCAGCUCGGAAGCUAGACAAAAAGUAUUUGUGGUGGUCCGACCCUUUCCUGGAAUUCCACAAGCAGACAGAAGCUGGGUGGCAGCUGGCCCACAGAACUGAGGUGGUGAAAAACAACCUGAAUCCAACAUGGAGGCCCUUCCGUAUCACUGUGCAGUCGCUCUGUGGAGGCGACGUGGAGAAACCCAUACGAGUGGACUGUUACGACCACUACACGAACGGCGCCCACAGCAUUAUCGGAUCCUUUGUGACCACCCUGUCACAGUUGGAAGCCGGCACAUACACAUCUCCGGCUGAGUUUGCGUGCGUGAACAGGAAAAAGUCUGAGAGGAAGCCAGGUUACAAGAACUCUGGUGUCAUUUGCAUCAAGAGAUGUGAGGUGGUGAAGGAGUACACCUUCUUGAAUUACAUCAUGGGGGGUUGCCAACUCAACUUCACGAUAGCCAUAGACUUCACAGCCUCGAACGGCGACCCCCGGAGCCCCCAGUCCCUCCACUUCAUCGACCCUCAGGGCUACAACGAGUACCUGGCCGCCAUCUGGGCCGUGGGCUCGGUGAUCCAGGACUACGACAGUACCAAAUCCUUUCCCGCCUUCGGGUUUGGAGCCAUCGUGCCUCCCACUGGGACGGUGUCCCAUGAGUUCCCGAUAAACUUUACCCCAGAUUAUCCAUUCUGUCAUGGCAUCGAAGGGGUGGUGUCUGCCUACCAGCAGUGUCUGCCCGUAGUGAAGCUCUACGGACCCACCUGCUUCGCCCCCAUCAUCAACCACGUGGCCUGCUUCGCCAGACAGGCCAUGCAGCAGAACACUGCCUCGCAAUACUUUGUUCUGCUCAUCAUCACCGACGGCGUGAUCACGGACAUGGACCAGACACUAACUGCCGUCGUCAACGCCUCCCGCCUCCCCAUGUCCAUCAUCAUCAUCGGGGUGGGCGCGGCCGACUUCGGCGCCAUGGAGUUCCUCGACAGCGACGACAAACUGCUGCGGUCGUCGCGGGGCGACGUGGCCUUCCGUGACAUCGUCCAGUUCGUGCCUUUCAGGGCCUUCAAGGCAAACAGCAUUGCUCUAGCUCAGAGUGUCCUGGCAGAGUUGCCCGACCAAGUGGGCCGCUUUUUCAACUUCUUCAAACUGAAGCCCCCCAAUGAAGACUCCAGUCAAGCAAGCACUCUAUAGAGAAGCCCCCCAAUGAAGACUCCAGUCAAGCAAGCACUCUAUAGAGAAGGUAUGAACCAGCUCUAUAAUAAUAAUAAUACAUUUAAUUUAUAGUGCCCUUUUCAUCCGAAGAUCUCAAAGGGCUACAGGUUAAAAACAAAAAUAAAAAUAAAAAGGGGGUUUUAAAAACAUCUAAGAGUGCGAGCCAAAGGUUUUUUUAAAAAGAAAUGUUUUAAGACCUUUUUUAAAACAAUCAGUGGAUUGCUCUGAAUGGCUCAAGAUGAGUGCUCGUACUUGACUCAUAGGCUGUGGUUGAAACUGGCUUGUACCUGUGGCUGAACUAUAUAUGGCUGGUGGUGUAGUGGAAAUUGCUGGCUUGUGACACAGUAGCUAUAGUUGCCUUGGUAACCGGUGUGUGGUCUUCUCAGUACCAACGCUGUGAGAUAUUUGCUUUGUUCAGCUUAGUCUCCUCACCUGUGUUGAUUAUUUUAGUUAUCCUUGUUUUGGUAGUAAGCUUUGCACACAAUUUUGGUUUGUACAUGCUUUUUGAAGAGCCUCUAUUGUAUUAUAUUGGUUCUUAUGUAAAUCUAUAUAUAUGUAUUAUCAGAUGGCAUCUUAUUUUAUUUGAUCCUUUAACAGGAAUUCCCUUGCAUUGUGAUACUGGUCAAGACUCAAAUCAAAGUAAAAGGACAAACCAGACCGCAAGACAACCGGUGGCCCCCGUGACUCACGCAUGGUUAGUUGAAAGUGUUAUCUCUUGGAACAUUCAGGAUGUUCAUACGUAUAUGCAUUACCAACAGAAUGACUAUCAACAUGGAAUGAAUUAAAGGAUAGGAGCUGCAGGCUUAUAUAACUGCCUUGACAUUAAGGUUGUUUUCAAUAAUUGUAUUCAGAAUUAUAGUGUUAAAAACAACAUUAUCAGUCUUCUGUGUGUGCCUGUAUGCUUCAUAUAUUUCUUGAACUUUAUAACUGUUUUAGAUUGCUUUAUGUCACUCAUCUUCUAAAAAUAAAAUUAUAAACGCAGAAUUCACUUGAAUGUC